UUCCCUAUGCAUACCACAUAUACACAAAAAAAAUGGCACAGAGAUUUCCCUUUGUUGUUUCCUGCAAAAGUUUUGUCAAACACCUCCAAUCAACCACUUCUAAAGCUGCUAUUGUUAGUAGCAAUAGCAACAUGUUGUGCAUCACAAAUGCUAAUGCUCAUGCUCAUGUGCAUACUCAAGGUGGUGAUUCAAAUAUUGUAGGAGAAGCAAACGAAGGGGAAGUGAAAGAAAGAGAGGUGGUGGAGAAUGUGGGAGAGAAGGCUAAGGAAACAGUGGAGACAGCUUUGGAUGCAGCAAAGAAGAGUGGAGAAUUGGUGAGAGAUUCUUCAACAACCAUAAUGGCUGAGGCUGAUACCAAUGUUGUCGACACAGUUGAGUACAGAUGUACUGAGGGUUUGGGGGGGCAGCUUGGAGAUGGCCAUGAUAUAUAAUAUAGUUUUAAUUUUAUUUCCAUGCAUGCAUGCAUGGGAAUUAUCUAUAUAUCCUAUGGUUUUUCCUCUUUUUGUCACUUUAAUCUGUUAUGGGUCAUAGAAGAUUGAACGAAGUUAAGUUAGCUAAUGUUAUAUAUGCUUCAUUAUGUUGUUGUAUAAAUAAUCUAUAAACAUUGUUCACUUUGUUUGGA